AGGGCUUAUGCUCCGGGCAUGGAUUGGAGCUAGGUCGCGGUCGAGAGCGCUGCUCCAGCAGUGCCGACGGCUGAGCGCGCCACCUCCUCAAAUUGUGGAUCCCGCCGAUGGAUCGCCUCCGCCUCCGCCUCCAUCUCCGCCUCCUCCCGCCGUGAUCGACAGUGAGGAGACGAGGCGCGCCAAGCAGCGCGCGGCGGAUCUCAAGGCCAUCUAUGAAGGUAGGAUGGAUUUCGAGAUCGCUACCAGGGUCGCAUUUGGGGAAUCUAAGAAUCCAAAUCCCAAGGAGCUCGGGCUUGAUUGGCACUUGUGGCAGUUCUUCGUAUGCGUCGUCGUCCCGGUUUCUCUGAUCUACAUGGUGGCAAUGUACGCGCGUCGAGAGAUUCGAAGAUUGGAGAAGGAGAGAGGGAUUGAGCCACUGCCAAAGAAGACAUGGGCGAAUAGAUACGAGAUCGAUCGAUUGCAAAAGGAGUACCAAGCCAAACGAACAGUGAGGCGCGCGGGAUUAGACGUCGAAGAGCUCAAAUCUCUCAAAGGCAGGCUCGAUUCGAUCGAUGACAAACUCGCCAAACUGGAAACGUUUUUAAAUCGCCCAGCGCUUCCAGAGAUACCUUCAAGUCCUCCAGCAAAUCAAUCAAAGUGACGAGCUUGUAAAAAUCAUGGUUUCAAUCCCCACCGUCAAAUUUGCCGGGCCAUCUGACGGUCACGGUUUUACGUUA